CUUUUCCAACCGACGCCUAGCCAGCCGUCAGAAUUCAGAAAUGCGUCUGUCUGCCUCAGGUAAUGGAAGACGAGGGUCAAAUCACGUUUACUCUAACAAUUUUACACAGAGUUCUCGCGACUGUCUUCAUAGACGGAAAGGAAACAUGGAGAAAACUAUUCACAGUUGGAAGUGUUGGAGAACUGAUUAACUCAGCCAAAACGGAGCUCUCUCAACAAGUAUCUAUUGAUCGAAUACUGAGAUUUGACACAGAUUUUCAAGAAUUUAUUGACAUCGAUGUUAAUUCAGAAGUGAAGGAGCUUGACAAAUUCCAAAUAUAUUAUACUGCUAGUAUCACACAGGAUCCAUUAGAUGGAAGAGUUGAGUCAUUACUGUUUCAUUCAACAGAAGUAAGCCGGACUGUCACCACAACUGGUCUGCUGACACUGCUCGAGGAAAAGGCCCCUACAAUCUUGAGAGAACAUGAAGACACAAAGACAUUGUCAAUUUCUUUGAGAAAGUUACUUGUUAAAGUGGCUGUGAGUGACCUUGUAGAAAAGCAUGGAUUCUAUCCAUCUGGUUCAGAAAAGCUGGCACUGGCAAAGGAGAUUGUGUCACUGUUCCCCUCAUUAAGGAUUAAUGUCCCAUUUGGCGAAAAUGAAGGACAUGAGCAUUUUUUUUUUUGACCAAACAUUCAGUUACCGUAGAAGAUGGAUAACGACGAAAUCGCCAACUGUUGGUCAAAUCUUCAAGGAAUAUCCCAGAUUUCUGGACAUGCCAGCCUUGGUGGACAUUGAAUUUUCCCAGAUGACAGAUGGGAAAGAAGACAUGUUUAUCAUGAAAUGGGAGGGGACGAUUAUCCCAAAACUCAAGGAAAUAGCAUCCUUUGAGAAAAAAAUGUACAUCAGACACUUAUUGGAGAAAGCUGACAAUCAGCAGGAUGGUACGGUUUUAUAUGAUUAAUGUUUUGAAAUGCUUAUUUUUUUAUCAACAGUAUUUUUUACAGUAUGAAUUCCAUGUUAAAACCAGAAAAAAUGCAAAAUAAACAGUAUGUGA